CACUGGAUGAUGUAAAUAGUUCGAUGAGCAGGUCACGUGUCUUUGUUUAAAGCAGGAAACUGUCGGUUGCGUCUUGAAUUCCGCGCAUCAGCUGCCCGGGACACCUGCGUCUCUGCCUUUACUCUGUCCAGCGUGACGGGAUACGUCUCCAGUGGAAAAGGGAAUCGAAUUACCAGGAUGCGUGGAAACGGAAUCAACAAAUCCGACACGCAUUUCGCUGCCGCUGCUAGCUCGGGAGGUAGCUAGCCGCUAGCUGCUAGCUACUCUCCAGCCCGCAGGGACCGAGCUAACCGUGGCUAGCCGGUCGCUCUCUGGCUAGCUACAGCUAACCUCCCAGGCGGAGAAGUUUGCCGAAAUACCCGCGCCCUGCCCGCCGAGCCGGCUAGUGUGCUACUCCUCUGCCAGGCAAAGGGACAAAAUGGAGCUGUUCCAAGCCAAAGACGACUACAUUCUCCAGCGGGGGGACCGCGCUCUGUGGUGCAGCCGAAAAGACGGGACCGUGACCGUCAAACCGGCAACAGACCUGCUGUUGGCCUGGAAUCCAGUGUGUUUGGGUCUGGUAGAAGGUAUAAUUGGAAAGAUACAGCUUCACACAGACCUUCCUCUGGGCCUCGUAUUAAUCCGACAGAAAGCUCUGGUGGGAACUUUACCAGGCGACCACAAAGUCUACAAGAUCACCAAGAUAGCCGUCAUCCCUCUGUCUGACGAGGAGCCUCAGGAGCUUGAGCUGGAGCUUUGCAAGAAGCAUCACUUUGGAAUCGAUAAGCCAGAGAAACUGGUCCAGUCCCCAGAUGAGUCCAAGUUCUUGAUGAAAACCUUCAGCCAGAUCAAAUCCAAUGUGGCUGUUCCCAUCAAGAAAAAGUAUUCCCCUGCCUUCCAGGUCAAGGAAAAUAAAGAGAAGGAACGUCUGGAGAGGCGGCUCCUGGACGAGCUGUACAAGGUUUUCAUGGACUCAGAUUCCUUCUACUACAGCAUGACCUACGACCUGACAAACAGCGUGCAGCGUCAAGGAGACUCUGAGAAGUCCAGCCUACCACUAUGGAAACAGGUCGACGACCGUUUCUUCUGGAAUAGACAUAUGAUCCAAGACAUCAUUGACCUUCAGGUGCCAGAGGUGGACUUGUGGGUGAUACCGAUCAUCCAGGGCUUUGUGCAGGUGGAGGAACUGGUGGUGAACUACAACGAGACUCCCGAUGAGGAGAGGAGCAGCCCUGAGACCCCGCCACAGGAGGUCACCUGCGUUGAUGACAUCCACCCCCGCUUUACUGUGGCCCUCAUCUCCAGACGUAGCCGCCACCGUGCAGGGAUGCGGUACAAACGCAGAGGUGUGGAUACCGAUGGCCAUGUGGCUAACUAUGUGGAGACCGAGCAGCUGAUCCACGUGCACAGCCACACGCUGUCCUUCGUACAGACUCGUGGCUCCGUACCCGUGUUCUGGAGCCAGGCCGGGUACCGCUACAAUCCCCGGCCCCGCUUAGAGAAAGGAGAGAAGGAGACCAUGUCUUACUUUUCCGCUCACUUUGAGGAACAGCUUAAACUCUACAAGACACAGGUUAUCCUUAACCUGGUGGAUCAAAGUGGACGGGAAAAGAUCAUUGGCGACACAUAUUUGAAGCAAGUCCUGCUUUACAACAACCCAAACCUCACAUACGUUUCAUUUGACUUUCAUGAGCACUGCCGCGGUAUGAAGUUUGAGAAUGUGCAAGUACUGACAGAUGCCAUUUCCGAUAUCAUCACUGAAAUGAAGUGGGCCUGGGUGGAUCAGGCCGGAGUCAUCUGCAAGCAGGAGGGUAUCUUUAGAGUCAACUGCAUGGACUGUCUGGACAGGACAAACGUGGUCCAGGCUGCUAUCGCUCGGGCCGUGAUGGAACAACAGCUGAAGAAACUGGGCGUGAUGCCUCCAGAACAGCCUCUGCCUCCCAAAUGCUACAGGAUUUAUCAGAUCAUGUGGGCCAACAAUGGAGACACUAUCAGCAGGCAGUACGCAGGCACAGCAGCGCUUAAGGGAGAUUUUACCCGGACAGGGGAGAGGAAACUGGCUGGUGUGAUGAAGGAUGGCGUAAACUCAGCUAACCGCUACUAUCUGAACCGCUUCAGGGAUGCUUACAGACAAGCUGUCAUUGACCUAAUGAUGGGCCUGCCAGUGACUGAGGACCUGUACUCCAUUUUCAGUAAGGAGAAGGAGCACGAAGAGAAGGAGAAGGAGAGCCUGAGGGGCGCGCAGGAGCAGGUCAGCCUGCUGCUGCAGACAUACAUGCAGCUUUUGCUGCCCGACGAUGAGACCUUUCAUGGAGGUUGGGCCCUCAUCAAUUGCGACAUGAGCCUCGUCGAUGCCAACAACAAAGAUGUGGAUGUGCUGCUUCUUCUGUCUGACAAAGCCUACUACAUUGCUUACUACGACGAAGAAGCGGAUAAAGUUGACCAAUACCAGCGUCUCAAUUUAGAGGGUUUGGAAAAGAUUGAAAUUGGGCCAGAGCCCACUCUGUUUGGGAAGCCGAAGUUCUGCUGCAUGCGUUUGCAUUACAGGAGUGAAGAGAUGAGUGGAUAUUUUCACACACUGAGAGCUGCAACACGGAAUCCUGAUGAUGAUGGAAAAGACACACUGCAAUGCAUAGCCGAGAUGCUUCGCAUAACUAAACAGGCCACGGGGCUGGACCUGCUUGUGAUUGAAAAGAGGUUGGAUAGGCGGCAGAGUAAACCUCAUGAGGAUAUAAUGGGCAUCCAGAACAAACCUGCUGACCCGGUCCAGGGCAGCUCUGGUCUAGCUCAGGGCAAAAGUUUCCUCCUCAACAAGUUCUCCUCUCUCAAUCAGAAAGUGAAACAGACAAAGACAAACGUAAACAUGGGCCCCUUCAAGCCCCUCGGGAGGCUGGGCAACUUCUCUAAGCCUGACGUAAAAGUCAAUUUCCUGAAGCCAACUAUGCACGUCAACCUGUGGAAGUCUGAUAGUAGCCUGGAGACAUCAGACAGCAACCCUGGCACAGCAGCCCUGAAAGAUAUCGGCGACCGUCACUCUGAAAUCUCCGAUGACUCCGAUUCCUAUAACUCUGACCGAGAGCACCCGUGUUCAGGCUCUUUGGAAAACGUGGACUAUGUGCUGCCCAGCUGCGGCAUCGUAGCAUCAAACCCACGCCUGGGCAGCCGCUCCCAGUCUAUCGGCAGCGUGGAGCUCAACAUCCCGUCGGUCAUCAGAGUCACCGGCUGUGACGGCAAGCAGGAGAGCCUCUCUCAAGGCAGCGAUGAAAACUCCCAAGGCUCCGCCUCUGUGGCCGAGGAAGCCAUUCUGAUCGACUUUGGUACACCCAUCGAUGCCUACUGCCACCAGUUUGUCCAGGAUGCACAGACCAAACCUGUCGAGGUAUUCGGAGAGCAGCCACCAGCUGCUGCCCCCCUGCUCAACCCGGGGGGGCCUGUGCCGAAUAAAAGCCUCGCGAACUCCGACCACAAGCCCCAGCGCUCCGAGCCGCGGCAUGAACCGGAGGUGCCUCAGCUCCCCAGGCCGUCGCAGCUGGACGUUGACUCCGCCCCCCCCAGCGCUAACCUCCUGUCCGUCCAGAAGCCCAGCUCGGGGGGCUCUCAGAGGAGUCUGUGUUCACAGAUGGAGGGCAGCCUCGGCCCUUCGCCCGCCGACAGCAACGGCAGCCGGGUGGUGUCGCCCUUUGCCAAGAUCAAGAGCUCCAUGGUCCAGGUGGCCAGCCUCACGCAGGCGGGACUCACCCAGGGCAUCAACUUUGCCGUGGCGAAGGUACAGAAGAGCCCGGAGCCGGACGCUGUCAACGAAGUCCAGGAGAACGAGCUGAAGGCAAUGUUUACACAGUGCCAGACCAGGAUCAUUCAGAUCUAGUGCUUUCCCUGUAGCAGGACUUUGUAGUCACAUGCCGCGGAGCAACUUCCUGUAGGGUAGCAGUAGCAAAAGCCCGCUCGUGGCGUCACUACUCGGCCAAGAAAAGCGCCCGUGAAGUCGCCCUUUAGUUCAACUUGCUCUUGUUAAUGGUGAUUCUUGAACUUGGAAAUAUGUACUUAGGCCCAACGUGACAGUGACCAUGUUUAUGUGCACAUAAUUAUUCAGUCACUCUUCAGAGAGGACUGACCCUCUUGUGCAGGGAGGUUUAGCUCCGAUCCCUUUUUGCCAUGCGAACUCAACCAACGUUGGGUGUUCCCAUGUCCCAUUCUAGACCCUAGAAUAUUUGAGAGAAAUAAGUUUAUGUACAUCGACAUCCUAAAAGAUUUUCAUUACAAUUACUUUAAGAGUCAUCUAACAAGACAAAAGAACAUUUUUAGGUUUUACAACGUUUUAAACUGUUUUUUUGUGCAUGUAAACAUGUGAGGUUGACUGUAACUGAGUGGGAACAGGCAGUUAAACCUGAGCUGCACGUUGAAAGACCGAGCUGACUUUAUCGUGUACUGUACGUCAUCCUGUUGGUGCAGGUCACUUAUUGGCCUCAUGAUUGUCCUCGAUUUGUAACAGUUGUUGUAGAAUCCGACCAAACACCUUUUGGGAUUCCCAGAGGACAAUUCUAUGUAAACUAUUAUCCUUUGUAUAGCUGUCAGAAACUAGCCGGGAGACGUAGAGUCAGUAGUGAUCCCAUGUGAUAUCAAUGUUGUCCAGUGUAACUUAGAAAUAAUGACAACCCAAGACCGUAGUAAGAGUUGCCUGGUUGUUGGUAUGUACAGUGAGUAUCAUGUUUAUCCAUUGCCCGCGUAGAGCCUACCCGUAAGCUUUUUUUUUUUUUAUUGAUGAUAGGGUGGCA